AUGGUGAACAAUGACAAUGCAGCAGGUGACGACCUCACCACCAAAAGCCGCGUCCUCGAGACCGCAGCCGGAGUGAUCCAAGACUUUCGACCUGUGAAAAGCAUCUGCGCUCAUCUAAAUGCCUUUCACGUAUAUGCCUCUGAUCCGACACGAGCUGUAGAAGCAAAUCACUACUGCGCGCAUAUCACCGAAGAUAUCAGACAAUGUCUCCUCUACGACUCCCCCGAACCCAACGCCCGCCUCAUCGGAAUCGAAUACAUGAUCACCCCGAAAAUAUACUCAACCCUCGACCCCUCCGAACGCGAACUGUGGCAUUCCCACAUCUACGAAGUGAAAAGCGGCAUGUUAAUCAUGCCUACACCCGCCGGGGUCCCCAACUCAGUAUGGCAAAUGGCCGAAACCUCCGAAAUGAAAGAUAUUAUCCCCUUGUACGGGAAAGCGUAUCAUCUAUGGCAAGUGGAUAGAGGCGAUAAAGUACCCCUGGGAAAACCGGAGUUGAUGGGUAGCUUUGGGGAUGAUGCUAUGUUGGAGAAGGUGCAUCCGGAGGGUAAGAAAGGGUUGUUAAGGGAUAGGGAUAGGAGGUUUCGAGCGGAUUAUGAGGAAAAUGCGAGGUUGAGGGAGGGUUUGGAGGAGCCUGAGUUACAUCCCGACGCCGAUGCCAUGAUGCGCAAGAAAGUUGAAUAA